AUGGGGGACUUAGCCAAUAGUUCGGUGGAGUUCAAACCCAAGAAGCGAGGUAGUGGAGGGGGAACAGAGGUCAACCAUGCAGGGGACUUUGGGGCCACUCUGGAGGACCUGCGGGACCUCAUGGAGCUGAGAGGUGCAGAGGCCAUUCAGAAGAUCCAGGAGAACUACACAGACACAGAGGGCCUCUGUCAGAGACUGAAGACAUCCCCAGCCGAUGGUGAGAGUCUCACUCAGACACACCACUCUCAGUGACAUACUUCACUGGAAACAUACAACACACCUUAUUAGUCUACCUUACUAAUCAAAUUCAAACUGAUAGGUCAAAUCAACUGGAUUUUUAAUGAAGAACCAGUUGAUGAUAUUUUAUGCUAUAGCGCUACUGCCAUCGUGUUUGCAUAGAUGGUUUCUACCAGAUGUCCUCAUUUGUACUGUCCUCAUCCACCUUGUUUUGUAUCUGUAUUUGUGCAUUCCCAACUCAGUCUGCCCGAACAUGCUUUCAUGUUAUGUUGCUAAGCUACAAAAGCAUCAGCAAUCUGGUGGGUGUGAGGCAGAGAGACAGACACCUCCUCUCAUUCAUCAUGGCCUCCUGCAGCAAACAUAAAAUAGGCCUGAGGAGAGAUGCUCAAACCACUAUAUGAGCAUUUCAUGUUUUCAUCAUAUUGCUUUAUUUUCCCCAUUAUAGUUUAAAAUGAUGUAAUUUUGUCACUUUUUAGAUGACGUUAAAUGAUACAAAUGCCUACGAUUCAACGCACCUCUAAUAUCUGCACACUUUUAUGAUGAUUACAAAAAUGUUUUUAUAAUUCAGUAGAGAUACAUGUAGGCUGUUUCAGUUAGAGAGAUGAAGAGGAAUUUGUUCAUGAACCUGUCAUUACCAUGGCAACUGCGAGAAUAUUGUCUGAAUGAGUAAAAGGUGACUUUUCACAGAGAGUCAGAUGAAUUAUUAAUUUGCAUAUCUCAUCGCCCUGAGAUGUUCCUGCUCACGUGUCUUCUUAUCACCAGACUGUUUCACACAUCAUUUCUGAACUCGGUUAUAGUGCGACUACAUUUUGACUACCUCAACAAAUGGGCUUGGGUGAAAAAGAGACAAAUAAAGAGAGAGAGAGAGAGAGAUGGCUGGGUUGCCAGUAGCAGCAGGUGACGUUUGGCAGGGGAGGACAUGAGGUGUGUGUGCCAGAGCGCACACCCCACAGAGAAGCAGACACACACUGACUUAGCCAUCUGGGCCGUUCCCACCCCAUCUAUCUCAUUUUACUAAAAGAGCACCCAGCACCCAGUGUCAGCACUCAAACAUUUAUAUGUCUGUUAUAUGAUUCAUGUGAGUGAGACUAUUGAAAUGUACAUUUACAGACGUAAUUGAAAGAUGGCUUAUGCUGUGUUCUGUCUGCUCUAAUGUAGACAUUUUGAUAGCAUUUUAUUUUAAUGCUCUGUCAUAAUACCUACACAAGGCUGUAAGAAACAUGGCCUAAACUGUAAUUAUCUCAAGUUCUAUGACCAAUAUAAUGUAAUGAAUGUUUAUGACAACAGUAUUUCACAUGGCCAGUUUCUAAUAUAAACCUAUUAUGAAGUGUUACACACUAACUUUCUGAAGCAUGAUGCACUGAAAAAGAUUCAGAUUCAUGGCAGAGACCUGCAAUUUCACAAAUAUUUGGUCGUAUGUUGGCGUCCUGAUAGAACAUCCAAAUAACAUUUCACUCUACAAUAAUCUUCAACAGUUCCUUAGCUACCCCCUUACCUACUGAAUUCACACGAGAAUCUGAUGCCCUCUAAUAGCAUUUAAAAUUAAAUCCAGUGAGGUGGAUGAAGGGAUGUCGCGCUCCAUGUUUAGUAGCAGCAUUCCCUGUCCUCUCUAGGCCUAUCGGACAACCCGUCAGACCUAGAGAAGCGUGGCCAGGUGUUUGGCCAGAACUUUAUCCCUCCUAAGAAGGCGAAGUCGUUCCUGGAGCUGGUCUGGGAGGCCCUACAGGAUGUAACUCUCAUCAUCCUGGAGAUAGCUGCCAUCAUCUCCCUCGCACUGUCCUUCUACCAACCGCCCGGAGAGGAGAGCGAAGGUAGGUGUGACUGACUGUCCAGGGAUCAGACUUUGGCCUUCCGCAUGCCUUAAGAAAGCAUUAAUUAGCCCUCUGAGCUAAAGCCUAGGCAUUAGCUAUGGGAGUUAACACACGUUUUCAGUUCUCUCAGUUAAGGUAACUCAUCAGGUGAGCGGAGUUCCCUCUUCCCUCACUUCUCUGCCCUUUCUCUUUCUUUAUUUCUCUCUCUGCUCUAUCUUUCUUCCUAUUUCUCUCUCUCCCUCUCUCUCUGCAGCUUGUGGGAAUGUGGCAUCCGGUGCGGAGGACGAGGGUGAGGCGGAGGCUGGCUGGAUUGAGGGCGCGGCCAUCUUGCUGUCCGUCGUCUGCGUAGUGCUGGUGACGGCCUUUAAUGACUGGAGCAAGGAGAAGCAGUUCCGGGGGCUGCAGAGCCGUAUUGAGCAGGAGCAGCGAUUUGCCGUGGUGCGUAACGGCACUGUCAUCCAGAUCCCUGUGGCUGAAAUGGUGGUCGGGGACGUGGCCCAAAUCAAAUACGGUCAGUCCAGGAUCAGGAGAGGUCACCUGAUGUAGUUUACCUGGUUAGACUAUCUACGUAGCUACCUGUGUAUAAUGCAUUUGUAGUUCCUUCGACUGUAUCUUACCAAAGGUCUAUUAAGAAUCAAACAUUCAUAACAGCUCAACCAUAAAUGCAUAAAUAAUACAUUAAACAUAUCUGGUAUUGUGUAGAUUUCUUUUAAGCAGUCAUAACAAUGUUUGGAUCCUUAUGAUUCCUUAUAGAUCCUUAUAAGUCUCUGGUCCCUUGUCUCCUCCUGCUUCCGCUCCCACACAGGUGAUCUCCUGCCUGCUGAUGGGAUUCUGAUACAGGGCAAUGACCUGAAGAUCGAUGAGAGCUCGCUGACCGGAGAGUCUGACCAUGUAAAAAAGUCUGUUGACAAGGACCCCAUGUUGCUGUCUGGUGAGUUGUUUGCAUAUAAUACAGUAGUCAUGUUACAGUCGGGAGACAGAGGCCAUGCCAGUGGUGUUUUCCUCUGUGCAGUAUGUGUGUGUGUGUGUCUGUGUGUAUGUUUGUGUGUGCACACCCCCCAAUGCAAAAUCCCACUCAUCCCACUGUAUAAGCAAGUUUAUAGUCUACUGCUCAAAGAGAGGGCAAAGAGGGGUGGGCUAUCAGCUGAUCAUAGAGAUUGUAGAUUAUGUAAAUCAGCUAGUUAGCUAGCUAGCUAGUUAGCUAUGCUGUCGAAACAAUCUAACUAGUCUUUGAUCCGUGAUUGGAGUUUGUUCUGCUGCUGACACCUGCCUCUUAAGCCUACUAACAAACAGUCAAAUUGAACCCUUCCCUGUUCCUGACCGUGAGAUGACACAUGCAACUCAAAACAGAGCCACUACUACACUACCGUUUGGCGCCGGUAGCUUCUGCCUGCAGUAUGAGUGCUGUCAGUGCGCAGUCGGCAGAGGAGCGGGGGAGGGCGGAUUUUCCAUUAUUCUAAAAUGAGAAAUUAGCAAGUUUGAUGGGCAAUUCAUUUAAAUAACAAGAGAGAAAAUAGACUAAAAGUGAAAUAAAAUGUAAUAAUUAAAAGACGCCACCAAUCUGAAAGGGCAUUUUUCUCAUAAGAGGGCAAAAAGGCAGGUGCUCAGCCACAUUUAGACCUCUAUCUGUGUACGUGCUUGUGCCUGUGUGUGUGUGUGUGUGUGUGUACUUUUGUUGUAUGCAUAACUGGUGAUCUGCCUGAGUGAAUGGCCUGCCUAGUGUCUCCGUGUGCUGGCUGCAGUGCCGAGAGGGGAAAUCUCAUUGCCUCUCCCAGUAAGAGAGUGACUCCUCCCUGGAGCCUGACAGGACUAAUCAGAUUGUAGCCCCUGGUCAGCAUCCUGAGCACCGGGUCAUGGAUCCAUUAGACCCACAGGGGACCCUCACUCAUCCUCUACCCAAUAAUGAUCCUCGGAACUGGACUACUCACUCCAUAGGUCCACUAGGCUAGGUCUAUGCAGAGAUCUAAAAGAAGCAUGCUGUUGUGAUUGUGAUAUAGCAGCCUAAUCCACAUUGGUGACGGAGCCGAAUAACAAAUAUUGAAAGUAUUCAGAUGCAGGUUUAGAAAUAUGUGUGAUACGAUUUCAUCAAGCAAUAUACACAAUUUUCCCAGUAUGUAUCUGUCACACUUACAGUGGGGAGAACAAGUAUUUGAUACACUGCCGAUUUUGCAGGUUUUCCUACAAAAAUCCAGAAAAUCACAUUGUAUGAUUUUUAAGUAAUUCAUUUGCAUUUUAUUGCAUGACAUAAGUAUUUGAUACAUCAGAAAAGCAGAACUUAAUAUUUGGUACAGAAACCUUUGUUUGCAAUUACAGAGAUCAUAUGUUUCCUGUAGGUCUUGAUCAGGUUUGCACACACUGCAGCAGGGAUUUUGGCCCACUCCUCCAUACAGACCUUCUCCAGAUCCUUCAGGUUUCGGGGCUGUCGCUGGGCAAUACGGACUUUCAGCUCCCUCCAAAGAUUUUCUAUUGGGUUCAGGUCUGGAGACUGGCUAGGCCACUCCAGGACCUUGAGAUGCUUCUUACAGAGCCACUCCUUAGUUGCCCUGGCUGUGUGUUUCGGGUCGUUGUCAUGCUGGAAGACCCAGCCACGACCCAUCUUCAAUGCUCUUACUGAGGGAAGGAGGUUGUUGGCCAAGAUCUCGCGAUACAUGGCCCCAUCCAUCCUCCCCUCAAUACAGUGCAGUUGUCCUGUCCCCUUUUCAGAAAAGCAUCCCCAAAGAAUGAUGUUUUCACCUCCAUGCUUCACGGUUGGGAUGGUGUUCUUGGGGUUGUACUCAUCCUUCUUCUUCCUCCAAACACGGCGAGUGGAGUUUAGACCAAAAAGCUCUAUUUUUGUCUCAUCAGACCACAUGACCUUCUCCCAUUCCUCCUCUGGAUCAUCCAGAUGGUCAUUGGACAUGCGCUGGCUUGAGCAGGGGGACCUUGCGUGCGCUGCAGGAUUUUAAUCCAUGACGGCGUAGUGUGUUACUAAUGGUUUUCUUUGAGACUGUGGUCCCAGCUCUCUUCAGGUCAUUGACCAGGUCCUGCCGUGUAGUUAUGGGCUGAUCCCUCACCUUCCUCAUGAUCAUUGAUGCCCCACGAGGUGAGAUCUUGCAUGGAGCCCCAGAUCGAGGGUGAUUGACCGUCAUCUUGAACUUCUUCCAUUUUCUAAUAAUUACGCCAACAGUUGUUGCCUUCUCACCAAGCUGCUUGCCUAUUGUCCUGUAGCCCAUCCCAGCCUUGUGCAGGUCUACAAUUUUAUCCCUGAUGUCCUUACACAGCUCUCUGGUCUUGGCCAUUGUGGAGAGGUUGGAAUCUGUUUGAUUGAGUGUGUGGACAGGUGUCUUUUAUACAGGUAACGAGUUCAAACAGGUGCAGUUAAUACAGGUGAUGAGUGGAGAACAGGAGGGCUGCUUAAAGAAAAACUAACAGGUUGGUAGGUGAUCAAAUACUUAUGUCAUGCAAUAAAAUGCAAAUUAAUUACUUAAAAAUCAUACAAUGUGAUUUUCUGGAUUUUUGUUUUAGAUUCCGCCUCUCACAGUUGAAGUGUACCUAUGAUAAAAAUUACAGACCUCUACAUGCUUUUUUAAAGUAGGAAAACCUGCAAAAUCGGCAGUGUAUCAAAUACUUGUUCUCCCCACUGAACCUCUCGUGUUGCUCAUAAAUCACUUGAUGUUUGGGCCACCACACAUUGGAUGAAUGCAAACUCUGUAAAUGCUGUGGAAUUUAUCAGUUCCAGAUGAAAUACAGUCACUUUACUUGCUCUGACCAUCUACAUGCUGUAGUUUAGUGCACAUGUUCAUAACAGUCCCAAGCCAUUACAUAUGUAAGCAAUCAUCAACAUCAAACAUAUUUAGCAGUAUUCUGAGCUAUUCCACUCCCUGGUAUUAGGCAGUGUUAUUGAACAACCCCUGGUCUCUUGAGAUAGAGUAUUUUUAUUAAUGGGAACAUAAUGGAGCUCUGCUGUACAAAAGUAAUUAGAUCACCGGUCAGUAGGAAAAACAGGGGAAAGUGACCUUACACAGUGAUUAAAAAAACAAACUACAGUAGCUACAGAUUGGUGAGUGUAAUUCUGCAUUGCCUCUGGAUUCCAACCUGCGUUCCCAAUGGCACAUGACACUCAAGCCAACCAUGCAAACUCUAGAACAAGAGGCUGGCUUGUCACUCCAGGAAUGAGAGUUUUAGGUCUCAGUGAAGAUGAUGUUACUGUGUAAUGUGAACUUAGCAGUCCACUAUAUCUACAUCAUAUAAAUACAUUUUCCGCAAUAACCUUCUUUGAACAGCAUAUCGAUCGCAAACGAUAUUAAUGGAAAUUCUCCCUUCUGUUUGAGGUGCGAUAUGAUUAAUACAUUUAAUUCGGAAAGUAUUCAGACCCCUUCACUUUUUCCACAUUUUGUUACGUUACUGCCUUAUUCUAAAAUGAAUUACAUGAUUUUUCCCCUCAUCAAUCUACACACAAUACCCCAUAAUGACAAAGCGAAAACAGGUUUUUAGAAAUUGUAGCAAAUUUAUUAAAAAUAAAAAACAGAAAUAUCUUAUUUACAUACUUAUUCAGACCCUUUGCUAUGAGACUCGAAAUUGAGCUCAGGUGCAUCCUGUUUCCAUUGAUCAUCCUUGAGAUGUUUCUACAUCUUGAUUGGAGUCCACCUGUGGUAAAUUCAAUUGAUUGGACAUGAUUUGUAAAUGUGAUAUUUCAGUUUUUUUUUUAUACAUUUGCAAAAAUGUCUAUAAACCAGUUUUUUUGCUUUGUCAUUAUGGGUUAUUGUGUGUAGAUUGAUGAGGGAAAAACAAACAAACAAUUGAAUCCCUUUUAGAAUAAGGCUGUAACAUAACAAAAUGUGGAAAAAGUGAAGGGGUCUGAAUACUUUCUGAAUGCACUGUAUGUACUCUGUUUAUUAUAGUGUUGAUCAUUGUGAGUUAUUCCCAUGUCUAUUUAGGAAUUUAAUCUUUGUGUCCCCUUAGGAACUCAUGUGAUGGAAGGCUCAGGAAAGAUGCUAGUUACUGCUGUGGGGAUCAACUCUCAAACUGGAAUCAUCUUCACUCUACUGGGGGCUGGAGAGGGGGAGGAGGAGGAGAAAGACAAGAAAGGUGAGAUAAUAAGGCAGGCAGAAGGUGUAAUGUCCUUAAGACGUUGGGUAUCAUUUUUGUGAGUAUGAAGCAAAUAUAGUACAUUUGAAACUCAAUACAUAUACCAGGGAUACUUAAAAUGGAUAUGAAGAGUUUCAUUCCAAAACGCUAUAUAUCCAUUUUCAGAAAUGUUGGUAAAUUAGCUUUUUUGGGGGGGGCACUUAUUAGAAGUGAUUGGUGUGGUUUUUUUCCACAUGCAAUCAUGGCAUGGAGUUGUUCAAUGACAGACAGAGAAAAACAAUCACUCUCAGAGACAAAAGUAGCACUGCAAAGAUUUACACAGUACAACUGUACAAAUGAUACAUUUGUGACAUCAAUAUUUUUUAUAUAUUUUUUAAAGUGUAUCAAUACAGUAAAAUGAGAUCUUUGUUCUUGUUAAAAGUAGUGCACUAUAUGGGGAAUAGGGUGCCAUUUGGGGCGAGUCCUAACUCUAACCAAACACUGAGCCUGAGGCUGGAUUUAUGAUGAGUUGAAUUUAUAUGUUAAAUAUACAGCAUACAAACAUUCCAUUCCAGCUAAACAAUGGAUAUAUAGUGUUUUGCAACAAAACCCAUUUUAAUACAUAUAUAAAAUCUAUGAACAAAAAAUCUGAGACCAGAAAUAUUUUACACACCCAUAGGCAUUCACUUCUGAUGAAAAAACACAAAUGUGAAAAAUCUGUGCAUAUAGCGUUUUGGAAAUUAACUCUUCAUAUAUACACUACCAGUCAAAAGUUUGGACACACCUACUUAUUCAAGGGUUUUUCUUUAUUUUUAGUAUUUUUUACAUUGUAGAAUAAUAGUGAAGACAUCAAAACAAUGAAAGAACACAUAUGGAAUCAUGUAGUAACCAAAAAAGUGUUAAACAAAUCAAAAUAUAUCUUCAAAUAGCCACCCUUUCCCUUGAUGACAGCUUUGCACACUCUUGGUAUUAUCUCAACCAGCUUCAUGAGGUAGUCACCUGGAAUGCAUUUCAAUUAACAGGUGUGCCUUCUUAAAAGUUAAUUUGUGGAAUUUCUUUCCUUCUUAAUGCGUUUGAGACAAUCAGUUGUGUUGUGACAAGGUAGGGGGGGUAUACAGAAGAUAGCCCUAUUUCGCAAAAGACCAAGUCCGUAUUAUGGCAAGAACAGCUCAAAUAAGCAAAGAGAAAUGACAGUCCAUCAUUACUUUAAGACAUGAAUGUCAGUCAAUACGGAAAGUGUUAAGAACUUUGAACGUUUCUUCAAGUGCAGUCGCAAAAACCAUCUAGCGCUAUGAUGAAACUGGCUCUCAUGAGGACCGCCACAGGAAUGGAAGACCCAGAGUUACCUUUGCUGCAGAGGAUAAGUUCAUUAGAGUUACCAGCCUCAGAAAUUGCAGCCCAAAUAAAUGCUUCACAGAGUUCAAGUCACAGACACAUCUCAACAUCAACUGUUCAGAGGGGACUGUGUGAAUUAGGCCUUCAUGGUCAAAUUGCUGCAAAGAAACCACUACUAAAGGACACCAGUAAGAGGAAGAGACCUGCUUGGGCAAGAAACACUAGCAAUGGACAUUAGACCAAAUUGGAGAUUUUUGGUUCCAACCGCCGUGUCUUUGUGAGACACGGUGUGGGUGAACAGAUGAUCUCCGCAUGUGUAGUUCCCACCGUAAAGCAUGGAGGAGGAGGUGUUAUGGUGUGGGGGCGCUUUGCUGGUGACACUGUCUGUGAUUUAUUUAGAAUUCAAGGCACACUUAACCAGCAUGGCUACCACAGAAUUCUGCAGCGAUACGCCAUCCCAUCUGGUUUGGGCUUAGUGGGACUAUCAUUUGUUUUUCAACAGGACAAUGACCCAACACACCUCCAGGCUGUGUAAGGGCUAUUUUACCAAGAUGGAGAGUGAUGGAGUGCUGCAUCAGAUUACCUGGCCUCCACAAUCCCCCGACCUCAACCCAAUUGAGAUGGUUUGGGAUGAGUCGGAACACAGAGUGAAGGAAAAGCAGCCAACAAGUGCUCAGCAUAUGUGGGAACUCCUUCAAGACUGUUGGAAAAGCAUUCCAGGUGAAGCUGGUUGAGAGAAUGCCAAGAGUGUGCAAAGCUGUCAUAAAGGCAAAGGUUAGCUAUUUGAAGAAUCUCAAAUAUAAAAUAUAUUUUAAUUUGUUUAACACUUUUUUGGUUACUACAUGAUUCCAUAUGUGUUAUUUCAUAGUUUUGAUGUCUUCACUAUUAUUCUACAAUGUAAAAAAUAGUAAAAAUAAAGAAAAAUCCUUGAAUGAGUAGGUGAGUCCAAACUUUUGACUGGUACUGUACAUGGAUGUAUUUACAUGUGAUUGACUUACGAUGUCUGUUUCUUAUACUGUUUAUUCACAGACAGACGUACAGUGGGGGAAAAAAGUAUUUAGUCAGCCACCAAUUGUGCAAGUUCUCCCACUUAAAAAGAUGAGAGAGGCCUGUGAUUUUCAUCAUAUGUACACGUCAACUAUGACAGACAAAUUGAGAAAAAAAUAUCCAGAAAAUCACAUUGUAGGAUUUGUAAUGAAUUUAUUUGCAAAUUAUGGUGGAAAAUAAGUAUUUGGUCACCUACAAACAAGCAACAUUUCUGGCUCUCACAGACCUGUAACUUCUUCUUUAAGAGGCUCCUCUGUCCUCCACUCGUUACCUGUAUUAAUGGCACCUGUUUGAACUUGUUAUCAGUAUAAAAUACACCUGUCCACAACCUCAAACAGUCACACUCCAAACUCCACUAUGGCCAAGACCAAAGAGCUGUCAAAGGACACCAGUUGUAGACAAUUGUAGACCUGCACCAGGCUGGGAAGACUGACUCUGCAAUAGGUAAGCAGCUUGGUUUGAAGAAAUCAACUGUGGGAGCAAUUAUUAGGAAAUGGAAGACAUACAAGACCACUGAUAAUCUCCCUCGAUCUGGGGCUCCACGCAAGAUCUCACCCCGUGGGGUCAAAAUGAUCACAAGAACGGUGAGCAAAAAUCCCAGAACCACACGGGGGGACCUAGUGAAUGACCUGCAGAGAGCUGGGACCAAAGUAACAAAGCCUACCAUCAGUAACACACUACGCCGCCAGGGACUCAAAUCCUGCAGUGCCAGACGUGUCCCCCUGCUUAAGCCAGUACAUGUCCAGGCCCGUCUGAAGUUUGCUAGAGUGCAUUUGGAUGAUCCAGAAGAGGAUUGGGAGAAUGUCAUAUGGUCAGAUGAAACCAAAAUAGAACUUUUUGGUAAAAACUCAACUCGUCGUGUUUGGAGGACAAAUAAUGCUGAGUUGCAUCCAAAGAACACCAUACCUACUGUGAAGCAUGGGGGUGGAAACAUCAUGCUUCGGGGCUGUUUUUUCUGCAAAGGGACCAGGACGACUGAUCCGUGUAAAGGAAAGAAUGAAUGGGGCCAUGUAUCGUGAGAUUUUGAGUGAAAACCUCCUUCCAUCAGCAAGGGCAUUGAAGAUGAAACGUGGCUGGGUCUUUCAGCAUGACAAUGAUCCCAAACACACCGCCCGGGCAACGAAGGAGUGGCUUCGUAAGAAGCAUUUCAAGGUCCUGGAGUGGCCUAGCCAGUCUCCAGAUCUCAACCCCAUAGAAAAUCUUUGGAGGGAGUUGAAAGUCCGUGUUGCCAAGCGACAGCCCCAAAACAUCACUGCUCUAGAGGAGAUCUGCAUGGAGGAAUGGGCCAAAAUACCAGCAACAGUGUGUGAAAACCUUGUGAAGACUUACAGAAAAUGUUUGACCUGUGUCAUUGCCAACAAAGGGUAUAUAACAAAGUAUUGAGAAACUUUUGUUAUUGACCAAAUACUUAUUUUCCACCAUAAUUUGCAAAUAAAUUCAUUAAAAAUCCUACAAUGUGAUUUUCUGGAUUUUUUUUCCUCAUUUUGUCUGUCAUAGUUGACGUGUACCUAUGAUGAAAAUUACAGGCCUCUCUCAUCUUUUUAAGUGGGAGAACUUGCACAAUUGGUGGCUGACUAAAUACUUUUUUCCCCCACUGUAUAUAAGUAUCAUGAAUUGGCAGUUUCAAUAGGUGUGUUGAAGAGAUGCUCCAUUUAGCUGUGUCAUUCAAGGCCUGAUGUUACUUCUGCUUAAGAGAAAGAGAGAGCAAAGCAUCUCUGAGCUGUACAGUGUGCAUUUACAGUACAUGGGCAGAGACUUUUCUCCCCGUCUCCCUCUCCUUGAUAUGAAGAGGGGUAGCUAGCUGUUUAAUAAUUAUAUCUAAAAGCAUAGGAGUCUGCAAAGCGAUCAGUACUUGAAUGGAAAGAGGGAGAGCACGAUGGAGAUGGGGUUACACAGAGGGGGAAGCCUCUGGUUAGGACCAAGCUUCACAAUGAAGAUCAUAGAAAGACAUGAUGCAAUUGUUUACUUAUUUGCUGCUCCUGAGGUCUCAUUCAUUCAUUUUUAUUCAUUCCUUGUUUGUUGUUUCUGUUGCUCAUCCUUUUUACUGUUUUGAUUGUUUUUGUCUCUUAAUUUGAUAAAAUCUCUUAUUGUCCCUGUCCCUAUCUCAAAUCCCAAACCACUAUCUCAUCAGAGGGCAAUAAUACCCCUGCAGUCGAAGCAAAACAGAUCAGCAUCACGAAUGGUAGGUGUUUCCCCUACUAGACUAGUUAGAUUGGUGAAGGGGUUUGCUAGAGAUAUUCCAUGGGACUCCCAUGGGAAAUUGUGGACCCCUAAUGUAAUUGAAAGAAAAUUACAAACUGUAAAAUAUUUUGAAAAGUACGUUUAACAUGUUGAUAUAAGUCAUGGCGAUUUCUUCACACGUUUCUGUCACUUUCAUUUUGUCUAUUCAUUUUCCCAUUCGAUUUUUACUCCUUUAGGGGGGUUAAAAUGGGAGCGAUGUUUGCCUCCCAUGCAGCAAUAUGUCUGUCACAUUCAGCUGUAUCAGUCUAGAUAUUUCUCUCUCUCUCUCGCUUAAUCACAGGCAAGCAAGAUGGGACACUGGAAAACAAUCAGAACAAAGGUAAGAAACGGGGAUUCCAAGGCAGAGGAAUCAUCCCUAAUUUCAAGUAGGCUACUUUAUAUAAAUCGUUUGGGAAACAAUGCAAACAACAGAUGGUUUAAGGUAAUAAUUUAUACAAAAUAUUUUAAAACAUUUUACUUCUCAAAUAAGAUGGAAGCAAUAUCUUGAUUUAUGUAGAACCAACCUGGGGGAAGCAUGGCAGCCAUUUUGUGCCGGAACGCUCACUACACCUCUUGGCUUUUCUCUAACCCGUCCUAACCACUCCCUAACGUUGUGACAACCCCCAACCUUAGCCAAGAAACAGGAUGAGGCUGUUGCCAUGGAGAUGCAGCCCUUGAAGAGCGCUGAAGGUGGGGAGGUGGAAGCGGAGAAGAAAAAGGGCAACGUACCUAAAAAAGAGAAGUCUGUGCUCCAGGGCAAACUCACUAAACUGGCCGUGCAGAUCGGGAAGGCAGGUGAGGGCUGACUAAAGCGUUCAGCGUUCAUAAUCUAAUUUUUGCUGGCCUGCUUGUUCACUCUGACUUGACCUGUGUAUGCACAAGGUUGGCUAGCAGUGCAUACUCGACUGCUGACAAACUCUUCACAUGUUCCUUUGAUCUAAGCAGCCAUGUCUGUGUGUCUGUCUGUCCUCUUCCUCAGGUCUGGUCAUGUCAGCCAUCACAGUGAUCAUCCUGGUGAUGUACUUUGUGAUCGAGACCUUUGUGGUGCAGGGCCGGGAGUGGCUCACUGAGUGUACCCCCGUCUAUGUGCAGUACUUUGUCAAGUUCUUCAUCAUCGGCGUCACAGUGCUGGUGGUGGCUGUGCCUGAGGGGCUGCCGCUGGCUGUCACUAUAUCACUGGCCUACUCUGUCAAGGUAAGGGUAAUAAACUGUGUGUGUGUCUGUGCGCGCACUGCUGCAGACAUUGUGACGAUCAUGUUAAAUCACGUUUUUGCUCGAAUAUCCCCCAUGUGGCAAAAUCAAGGUACGAUUACACUAUAAAGUAUAUUGUGCAUGCAGCUGAAUUGUAUUGUAGUUUCUCAGGUGUAGGCCAAACAGUAAGAUUCCUCUCCGUCUGUUUCCUCCUCCUUCCCUGUAGAAAAUGAUGAAGGACAAUAACUUGGUGCGCCACCUGGAUGCCUGUGAGACCAUGGGCAACGCCACGGCCAUCUGCUCCGACAAGACGGGCACCCUCACUACUAACCGCAUGACCGUGGUGCAGGCCUACGCGGGCGACCAGCACUUCCACAAGGUCCCGCACCCUGACCAGAUGAAUCCUAAGGUGCUGGACACGCUCGUCAAUGCCAUAGCUGUCAACAGCGCCUACACCUCCAAGAUUAUGGUGAGAGAUUGUGGAUUAUGAAAGAUAGAUAGAUACCUGCACACUGUUGAAUGCUCCCACAUUUGUAUUUUGGAUAAUAUCUGCAAUGCGGAAUGACACAGCUUUUUUAUUUUAUGGUUAUCCAGUUUAUUUUAGUUGAAGACAUUUAAUGGCCAUUUGGAUGGAAAUGUAUUUUGUUCAUGUCAACACAACAUAUAUAAACCAUUCAUAGAAUUCAGAAUGUACAUACACAUUGUAUCUCCAUACUUUUUAUUGUCCUUCUUGUCCUUGACUCAUUUCGCCCAGUCUCCUAUUCUCUCUUUUUUCCUCCACAUGUAUUGAGCAAAAACAUGGUAUCUUCAUCUUUUAUCCCUUAGCCCCCGGAUAAGGAGGGAGGCCUACCCAAGCAGGUGGGCAACAAGACAGAGUGUGCCCUACUUGGCUUCAUCCUGGACCUGAAGAGGGACUAUGCCCCUGUGAGGGAACAGAUCCCUGAGGAGAAGCUCUACAAGGUCUACACCUUCAACUCUGUGCGCAAGUCCAUGAGCACGGUGGUUCAGCUGCCUGAUGGAUCCUUCCGCCUCUACAGCAAGGGGGCCUCUGAGAUCCUGCUCAAGAAGUGAGUCUGACUCUGGAGACUGCCUGCCUUGUGAUGACAAGUAGCAAAAGUAGUUUCUCUGUGAAUCACGCAUACAAAUAAAGGGCUCUAUUCAAUCCGUAUUGCUGAACUCAACUACCUCAACUAGUCGGUGCCCCCGCACAUUGACUCUGCACCGGUACCACCCCUGUAUAUAGCCUCCCUACUGUUAUUUUAUUUUACUUCUGCUCUUUUUUUCUCAACACUUUUUUGUUGUUGUUGUUUUAUUUUACUUUUUUAUUAAGAAAUAAAUGCAUUGUUGGUUAAGGGCUGUAAGUAAGCAUUUCACGGUAAUGUCUACACCUGUUGUAUUCAGCGCAUGUGGCAAAUAAAAUUUGAUUUGAUUUGAUUUGAAGCGUGAUAGAAUUGUAAAGGUAAAUUCCGAUUGAGCCGAGAUAUGCAGCAUUUACCGUGAAUGAAGUCUCCUCUAACGCGGUAAAAUUGCCUUUAAAUUAAAACCACGCUGUAACGCUGAACUUCUGCGAUACAGAUUGAAUUGAGCCCAAAGUUGGAUUUGAUUUCAGGCAACAGCUUUUGAUAGAGAAAGGGGUGGUGGGGGCCUCAAGAUAAAGUGGGCCUUGAAUGAGGAUUGAUGAACAAAACAAAACGACUAACAUUAAUAUUGUGCCCUAAUAUACAGAGCAUCUGUGUCCUGACUCUCUGUCUGUCAGAUGCUCCUCUAUCAUGGCUGGCGGUGGCGAUCCACGUGGUUUCCGCCCGCGGGACAGGGACGAGAUGGUGAAGAAGGUGAUCGAGCCUAUGGCCUGCGACGGCCUGCGCACCAUCUGCGUGGCCUACAAGGACCUGCCGGCCAUCCCUGAGCCCGACUGGGAGGACGAAGCGGGCAUCGUCAAUGACCUCAUCUGUAUCACAGUGGUGGGCAUCGAGGACCCUGUCCGCCCAGAGGUAAACAAGACCUUACACAGAGGGAUUCUCUAUUGGGGUGCAUUUUUUUUUUACAGAUGCAGGUAGAUUUGGAGUGGAGUUUUUCCACGGGGAUGACAACUGCCUGUUUCUUGCUCUUCAUUUCAAGUGGAUAAUUCUGUUGACAAAUGUCUAAAUAAGAACUUGUAAAAACAUAGGAUUAGAGAGGGGAGAACCAUGCCCUUAUGGAAGGGCUGGCACAGUAGGAUGACACAACAGGUUUGUUAUACUGUAGGUAUAGUUAUAGGUAUUGUAAUCUCUCAUGGACAGACGCACAUAACAUAAAUGGCACUGUAGUGUCUGUCAACAGACUGUGGGAUGCGACAACUAACAAGGAACUUUGUUCCAGUGCCUUGAUUUUUCGUCACUGAUCAUUUGGACAAAUCACAAUGUCGCAAGAUUUUUAUUCUGUGUUUCCAAAUUAUAGGUUUUGUUGUAGGUUUAGUACAUAUUCAGUAAUUGCUCUGUAGGAUGAUGUACAUCAGCUAGUAAGAGGAGGUGCCAAGGCUUUAGCAAAACUCUGGUGUCUUUUUAUUAACCAGGUCCCAGAUGCUAUCAAGAAAUGCCAGCGGGCAGGUAUCACCGUGCGUAUGGUAACAGGUGACAACAUCAACACAGCACGCGCCAUUGCUGCCAAGUGUGGCAUCAUCCAGCCUGGGGAUGACUUCCUGUGUAUAGACGGAAAGGAAUUUAACCGACGAAUCAGAAAUGAGAAAGGAGAGGUAGAAUUCAUAAUUCAUGUAUUGUUUGACACUCUUUUACUGACUAAAAAUGCAAGUGCCCUGACUCAAUUCAUUAGCUUCAAUAACUCAGUGUUACAUGACUCAACAGUUUAUGUGGAUACCCCUAUAAUACAAUCUUUCUUUCUUACAGGUUGAGCAGGAGCGCAUUGACAAGGUUUGGCCCAAACUGAGAGUUCUGGCUAGGUCCUCGCCUACAGACAAACAUACACUGGUCAAAGGUGGGUCAGAGAUACUCCACUCAAAGCUACAGUACUGUUUUUGCAAAAAGUUUGUAAACCAUGCAGCUGUAUAAUUUCCAAUGAUAACUUUCUCUCCCUGCAGGCAUCAUAGACAGCACCGUACUGGAGCAGCGGCAGGUAGUGGCUGUGACAGGGGACGGAACAAACGACGGACCUGCCCUGAAGAAGGCCGAUGUUGGCUUUGCCAUGGUGAGACAUCAUAAUGAUGAUUAUGAUGAUGAUGAUGACACAAAUCUUUAGUCAUUUUAGUACAUUUGGGAAAAUAUUAAAUCCCAUACUUAACACUACAUUUCCCUAAAUGUACCCUAUGUAUUUACAUUAUAGUUACAUAAGCAUGGUAUGUACUUUAGUAUUGUUACAUUAGUACUUACAUUACUGCUAUGUAACUAUCAUGCACAUAAAUAGGUAUUAGUGACAUGUAUAGUUUUUUUUUAUGUGAGACCUGUGAAAGCAGGGGGUGAAUACUUUUCAAAGCAGUGUACUUUUAAAGUGGAUAUUUUUUGUGGCUCUGUGUAGGGCAUUGCUGGUACCGACGUAGCCAAGGAAGCCUCUGACAUCAUCCUGACUGAUGACAACUUCUCUAGCAUUGUGAAGGCGGUCAUGUGGGGCCGUAAUGUCUAUGACAGCAUCUCCAAGUUCCUCCAGUUCCAGCUCACUGUCAACGUGGUGGCUGUCAUCGUGGCCUUCACCGGCGCCUGUAUCACACAGGUAUUUACUCCAUCUCUGACUCUCGCACUCCACACCACAUCACAAUUCACUGUUGUGUAAACUCCAAAUAGACCACUUACUGUAAGUAACUCACUAGUAAAUGGUCAUGGAUUUAGGUAACGGUCUAUGGACAUUCCAAACAAGCUUUAAAGCAAAAUUAUCUCUCCCCACCUCUUUUUCUCUCCUUACCUCUCUGCCUCUCUCCUUAUUACCUCCCUCUCUCUGCCUGCCUCCUCCCCUCUCUCUGCCUCUUUCUCUUUCUCUCCCUCUACCUCCCUCUCUCCUUACCUCUCCUUCUCCAUACCCCCUCCCUCUCUCUCCCCCCUCCAGGACUCUCCCCUGAAGGCUGUCCAGAUGUUAUGGGUGAACCUGAUCAUGGACACCUUUGCCUCCCUGGCACUAGCCACCGAGCCGCCCACUGAGUCCCUGCUCUUGAGGAAGCCUUAUGGCCGCAACAACCCCCUCAUCUCCCGGACCAUGAUGAAGAACAUCCUGGGCCACGCCAUCUACCAGCUCACCAUCAUCUUCACCCUGCUGUUCGCGGGUACGCACAAGGGAGGAGGAGGUGGGAGGCUGGAGACUAGGGGGGAGGGGAGGAGGGCUGCAGGUAGAGGUGGGAGACGGAGACUGGAGAUGGGAGGAGGGAUGGAGGCUGGAGAUGGGAGGAGGGACGGAGACUGGAGGAGGGACGGAGGCUGGAGGUGGGAGGAGGGACGGAGACUGGAGGAGGGACGGAGGCUGGAGGUGGGAGGAGGGACGGAGACUGGAGGAGGGACGGAGGCUGGAGAUGGGAGGAGGGACGAAGACUGAGAUGGGAGGAGGGACGGAGACUGGAGGAUGGGAGGAGGGAUGGAGGGACGGAUGGAGGAGGGACGGAGACUGGAGGGGGACGGAGACUGGAGUGGGAGGGAGGGACGGGACGAGAUGGAGGAGGGACGGAGGCUGGAGAUGGGAGGAGGGACGGAGGACUGGAGAUGGGAGGAGGGACGGAGACUGGAGAUGGGAGGAGGGACGGAGACUGGAGAUGGGAGGGACGGAGUGGAAGGGACGGAGACUGGAGAUGGGAGGAGGGACGGAGCUGGAGAUGGGAGGAGGGACGGAGACUGGAAUGGUGAGGAGGGACAGGACGGAGAUGGGAGAGACUGGAGGUGGGGAGGAGGGACGGAGACUGGAGAUGGGAGGAGGGACGGAGACUGGAGAUGGGAGGAGGGACGGAGACUGGAGUGGGAGGAGGGACGGAGGCUGGAGAUGGGAGGAGGGACGGAGGCUGGAGAUGGGAGGAGGGAAGGAGACUGGAGAUGGAGGAGGGACGGAGACUGGAGAUGGGAGGAGGGACGGAGGCUGGAGAUGGGAGGAGGGACGGAGGCUGGAGAUGGGGGGAGGGACGGAGGCUGGAGAUGGGAGGAGGGACGGAGACUGGAGAUGGGAGGAGGGACGGAGAAUGGAAAUGGGAGGAGGGAAGGAGACUGGAGAUGGGAGGAGGGACGGAGACUGGAGAUGGGAGGAGGGACGGAGGCUGGAGAUGGGACGAGGGACUGAGGCUGGAGAUGGGACGAGGGACGGAGACUGGAGAUGGGACGAGGGACGGAGGCUGGAGAUGGGAGGAGGGACGGAGGCUAGAGAUGGGAGGAGGGACGGAGACUGGAGAUGGGAGGAGGGAUGGAGGCUGGAGAUGGGAGGAGGGACGGAGACUGGAGAUGGGAGGAGGGACGGAGACUGGAGAUGGGAGGAGGGACGGAGACUGGAGAUGGGAGGAGGGACAGAGACUGGAGAUGGGAGGAGGGACGGAGACUGGAGAUGGGAGGAGGGACGGAGACUGGAGGUGGGAGGAGGGACGGAGACUGGAGGUGGGAGGAGGGACGGAGACUGGAGGUGGGAGGAGGGACGGAGACUGGAGAUGGGAGGAGGGACGGAGACUGGAGAUGGGAGGAGGGACGGAGACUGGAGAUGGGAGGAGGGACAUGGACUGGAGAUGGGAGGAGGGACAGAGGCUAGAGAUGGGAGGAGGGACGGAGGCUGGAGGUGGGAGGAGGGAUGGAGACUGGAGGUGGGAGGAGGCUGGAGAUGGGAGGAGGGACGGAGACUGGGGGUGGGGGAAGAGGAACAGAGGCUGGAGAUGGGAGGAGGGACGGAGGCUGGAGGUGGGAGGAGGGACGGAGGCUGGAGGUGGGAGGAGGGAUGGAGCCUGGAAGUGGGAGGAGGCUGGAGAUGGGAGGAGGGAUGGAGACUGGGGGGGGGGGGGUGGGGGUGGGGGGAGGAGGGACGGGGGAUGUAUGUAAAGGCAAUGGUGAGGGACAAGAAGGUUGAAGAAAAGCAGUCAUGGAACUGUAGUGCUCUAUUUAGCUCGUAGCAUUUUACAUGAUCAUUUAGUAUACCUUUGCAAGGAGGAAGUAUAUCUUUGACUAUAUGUGACUCUAUUGUCCGCUUGUCUUUUUUGUGUUCCUCUCCAUCUCAGGAGAAAAGAUCUUCAACAUUGAUAGUGGACGCAACGCCCCUCUGCACUCUCCCCCCUCCGAGCAUUACACAAUCAUCUUCAACACCUUUGUGCUCAUGCAACUGUUCAACGAGAUCAAUGCCCGCAAGAUCCACGGUGAAAGGAACGUUUUUGACGGCAUAUUCCACAACCCUAUUUUCUGCAGUAUUGUGCUGGGGACUUUUUUAAUGCAGGUAAGAGGACCACAAGCGUUUCCUUCUUAUAUGUUCAGGAAUGGGCAACUUUGGUGGGGGUGGGGGCCACAAAAAUUCUGAACUCAUCAUGAGGGGCCGUAGUUGCUCACGGGUCUACGUACCCACAUCCAUACCCCCCCCCCCCCCCCCACAUUGCGAGCAAAACAUUUUAGUGGCCCCCUCUUGAAAUGUAAAGUUAAUUUUGUGCAAUUCUACACAUUUUGCCAUGGGGUGUAGAGAAAAUGUUGCAGUUUUAAAGCAAGUUUGCUGUAACUACACAUUUUGCUAUGGGUGGAAAGAAGAUUUUGAAAAUGUAUAACUCAUUUCAUGCAAUUCUACUCAUUUUGCCAUGGGGCGGAGAGAAAAAUGAGCUGUUUUUAAUAUGACAUCUGAGUGAGACUGACAAUAAAAAUCAAUGGGGGCCCCCCGGCCGGUAAUUCAACUAUGAUAACAAGUUUAGAUAGCUGGCCGCUAAACUAUAUUAGCAAUCUAAAAAAAUUUUGCUGACAUGGGCUAAUUGACUGACUAUCAGUGACUGACAAGAGAAAAACUGCUGAUGCACAACCAAAUUUCGAAAUUGCACCCUUUGUAUUCUGCUAUUCUCACAGAAAGUUGAGACCCCGCCUGAGUUCCUACAAAAAUUAUAUUCCGCGGGCCUUCAAAAGGGGGGCAUGCGUCCCGUGGGCCGCCAGUUGCCCAUCCCUGCUUUACGUUAUAGCAAUACUAGUAAUGUUAUUCAACCAUGUCAUAUACUGUACCCAAUAGUCAUUACUACUUAAUUAUUGUCUCACAGGAUAUGUUGUGCUAACCAAUGGCAACCACUUUUUGUGAUCAAAUCUCUCUCGUCCUGUGUCUUGUUCUGUACAGUUUGUGAUUGUGCAGUUUGGGGGGAAACCUUUCAGCUGCACACCGCUCAAUGUGGAGCAGUGGCUGUGGUGUCUGCUCGUGGGAGUAGGAGAGCUACUGUGGGGACAGGUACUUAUGCUGGAGUUAAUGUGUAAAUGUGUUACCCAAACUGUGGUUCUACAGUGGUUUUGUGUCAAGACCCAAUUAAGGCUUUUGACAUAGACAAACCCACAUAUCCAUAACCUAGUCUUUAGUUGGCUUUGACACAAGAAGGACUGCCUAAGACCCGCCAGACCGAAACCCUUUGCUUUAGAAGUUGUGUUCUUCUCCUUGUCAACUAACGCUGACCCUGACCCAAACAGCUCAUCACCACGGUGCCCACCAGCCGCCUGCCCUGUUUGAAGGAGGCGGGUCAUGCGCUCGGUAAGGAGGAGAUGAUUGAUGACGACAUGGCAGAUGAUGAGCAAGAGAUUGACCAUGCUGAGAGGGAGCUGCGUCGAGGGCAGAUCCUCUGGUUCAGGGGCCUCAAUCGCAUUCAGACUCAGGUACAGUACAUUGGGCUCCACCAUUCUCUGUCCCUUACCUUUCCCCAACAAGGGCUCUAGUAUGUACUGUACUGUCCUACGAAGAGGAGGCUUUUUGCAUGCUCGACUCAUCUCUGUUGAUUUGUGUAACACUUUAUUCACCUUUUGAUGCCUUAAUUCAUUUCACCACAAUUAAUUCCUUGGUUUUUUAUAUGAUAUGAACACAGUCAUAUGAACAGAGUAAAACAUGCACAUAAUAUUCUCAUUCGAAAAAGUUAUUUAUAAUACAAUGGGUUUGGAUCAUUCUGUAAGAUACCAAAAUACGUUUUCUUAUACAGUGUCUUCAGAAAGUAUUCACACCCCUCUACGUUUUCCACAUUUUGUUGUGUUACAGCCUGAAUUUUGUGUACCUGCCCUACAGACAAUACCCCACAAUGUCAAAGUGGAAUUUUGGUUUUAGAAUUUUUUACAAAUUAAUUAAAAAUGAAAAGCUGAAAUGUCUUGAGUCAAUAAGUAUUCAACCCCUUUGUUAUGGCAAGCCUAAAUAAGUUCAACAGUAAAAUUGUGCUUAACAAAUCACAUAAGUUGCAUGGACUCAUUCUGUGUUCAAUAAUAGUGGUUAAUGUGAUAUUUUAAAUUACUACCCAGCUCUGUAACCCACACAUACAAUUAUCUGUAAGGUCCCUCAAUCAAGUAAUGAUUUUCAAGCACAGAUUCAACCACAAAGACCAGGGAGGUUUUCCAAUGCCUUGCAAAGAAGGGCACCCAGUCACUACAAAGAUACAGCCGUCCUUCCUAACCUUCCUUCCAGUUGCCGGAGAGGAAGGAAACCGCUCAGGAAUUUCACCAUAAGGCCAGUGGUGAUUUUAAAACAGUUACAGAGUUUAAUGGUUGUGAUAUGAGAAAAUUGAGGAUGGAUCAACAACAUUGUAGUUCCUCCACAAUACUAACCUAAUUGACAGAGUGAAAAGAAGGAAGCCUGUACAGAAUCAAAAAUGGAAUUCUUAAGUAAUACUAAAACAAAUGUGGUUAAGAAAUUAACUUCUUGUCUUGAAAACAAAGCGAUUUGUUUUUGGCAGAUCCAACACAACACAUCACUGAGUACCACUCUUCAUAUUUUCAAGCAUGGUGGUGGCUGCAUCAUGUUAUGGGUAUUCUUGUCAUUGGCAAGGACUAGGGAGUUUUUUAGGAUAACAAGAAAUGGAAUACAGCUAAGCACAGUUAAAAUCCUAUAGGAAAACCUGGUUCAGUCUGCUUUCCAAUAGACACUGGGAGACAAAUUCACCUUUCAGCAGGACAAUAACCUAAAUCUCAAGGCCAAAUCUACACUUGAGUUGCUAACCAAGAUGACUUUGUUGAAUGUUCCUGAGUGGCCUAGUUACAGUUUUGACUUAAAUCGGCUUGAAAAUCUAUGGCAAGACUUGAAAAUGUCUGUCUAGCAAUGAUCAACAGCCGACUUAAGAGAGCUUGAAGAAUUUUUAAAAGAAUAAUGGGCAAAUAUUGUACAAUCCAGGUGUGCAAUGCUCUUGGAGACUUACCCCAAAAGACUCACAGCUGUAAUCGCUGCCAAAGUUGUUUCUAACUCAGUGUUGUAUUUUUUUAAAUAAAUGUUCACAUUUUUCUUCCACUUUGACAUUACAGAGUAUUUUGUGUAGAUCAAUGACAAAACAUUAGAAUUAAAUCAAUUUUAAUCCCACUUUGUAACACAACAAAAUGUGGAAAUAUUUCUAGGGUUGUGAAUACUUACUGAAGGCACUGUAUUUAUCGAUAGGACAAACAUAAUUAUUUAUAUUAUUGUAACCUAUAAGAGUAAUUUUGAUUCCAUUGCAUGUUCAGAUAUUUUUAUUACAGAUUCUGUCAUUAUUUUUGAUGUAUUCUUUGUUCAUUGUCAAUCCUCGUCACUGUGACACAGACAAGUAUUCAAUGAUCUUACCUAUCAAUCCUAACAACAAGUAUAUGAAAUAUUUUACAAGAGUUGUAAUUGUUGUCUUUCUUAUACUCACACCAACAUCUAGAUGAGACAAAUAGAAUUAACAUUACCAGUCCAUGUUUUGAGGGCAACAUCAUUGAUUUAAAACAGAGGUCUAAAUUGGAUUAGGAUUGUCUAUUAAAAUGCUUUUUUGUAUCUAAUACAUGCUUUUGAUACCUUCAUAGUGGAACAUGACCUCUACAAAACUACAAGUUCUACUAUACCAUCCUUUUAAACGUGAUUCAUUCUGCCUGCUGGUUCCCUCCAAUAUGCACCACAGGGCCCCCUACCAGCUGACAUGAGGUACUGCACGACUGUCAUGUCCUUGCUUUAAUAUCCUCUCUCUCUUCUCCAACAGAUGGAGGUAGUGAGUACCUUCAAGAGAAGUGGUUCCUUUCAGGGUGCUGCGCGUCGUCGCUCCUCAGUUCUCAGCCAACUCCAUGACGUAACCAAUAUUUCUACUCCCACUCACGUAGUUCUCUCCAAUGCAACUGGUGCGCCUGGGAGUGAGUUUCUGCCAUCCAUUAACGGCACACAACAAAAAACAGUCCACUCACCAUCAUCAAAAUGAGCAUGUUGAAAUGCACCUUUGCCUGCCCAGAAAUGCAAUUAAGCAUCAAAGAUACGUGUGUUUGUCUAUGUGUGUGUUUGUGUGUUGGGGGGUGGGGGAGUCAACACUGAGGCGCCUGACCCACUGACCUUUUCAGUUGACUUUUUGUGGUAUUAUUUGUUCAUUUAAUAUUACAUUUCUUUACAUCCUUUUCACUACUACCUCAUGAUCUUAGUCCGGGAUUCAAUCAGAUCCGUGCUAGCCGACAACCGCAUAGCUCUUGUUCGAGUGUCAGGCUGCAUACUCGUUUGUCUUCGUAAUUCCGUGUAGACUACUUUGCUUCUUCAAACAUGAUCAUUAGCUGGCCAGCAGUAUUUAAGAAUAUAAUUGCUUUUUAUUGACUAUAUUAUAUUUUGUUUUAUUUUAACCUAUAUUUUUUAUGUAUGAACAUUUUAUAGUUCUGAAAAUGUUUUCUAAUUUAUGCUUUUCGAAUGCACAAAUAAGAAGAACAUAGGCUAUGUAUUUCGUUGAAUGAUUUUACAUUUGAGUGUCAUUAUUUUGAUCAUUGAUAUAGUCUACACAUUAUAUCACCGUUUUGAACUACUAACGUGGUAGGGAAAGAGAGGGGGGGUUUGUGACAAUGACCACAAGAGAAGCAGCUCACCAAUUUGACUGCUCAUACCCCAGUUAUACCUCCAACAGCCUGAACAAGAGCCAUGUGUUUGUCGGCUAACGCAGGUUACCGCUAAUCUGAUUUAAUCCUGGCCGUAAUCUAUUUCUUUAUCUUGCUGCUUUGUUUGGCUCGACGCAGUCUGUGAUCAAUUGUGUUUCAAACUGCCCAGAGAAGACUGUCUGUAUGCUGCUUAUUUUCAAUGAGAUCAACAUUUUAUUCAGAGCAUUACAAUGAAGCAGCCAUGCCAAUUUAAACAAUUUCUUAGAUGACAAACCAAGGUAAAAAGUGACACAAAAAAACAUAAGAAAAAUAGUAACAUGUAUUUUCAGUGUGUGCACUUCUGGAAAGUUGUAAACCUUCGAGUAUAAGCCUGCAACAGUGACAUUUCUGAGAUAUUACUUUUUGGUCACCUUACCAAUACACAUUUUUCUCUGUCCCUAGGUCCGAUCAGACUGCCAAAUAAGGAUCUGCAGUGUUGCUUUGUACAAAUAACUACCCUCAUUUUACUUGGUCUCUUUCGUUGUCUCUCAUCGUAGGUUCUGCAUCUCAUGACGGAAGACAUUUUUAUUUCCUUUCUAUUUCCUAACAUAGGCCUAUUUUGUUUUGUGUCUUUUUGUCAGGUGUAGAUGAUUAAAAGACGCAUUGUGAUCUGAUUGUGAUCUGAUCUUCCUGACCACCUCCGGUGGUAGUCAGGGUUCCAUUGUAUCUGGAUAUCAAUCAAGUGUAAACAGAUCUGGAUGGUCAAACCAUUUAAAUCAUCAAUAUAUCGGCCGCUAAAAUCAUUGACAGCUAGCACCAUUGACUUAUGGCAUCAAUAAUUGUCUUAAAAAUAAAUACAUUCAUAUUAUUGUGAAAGAAUGUCUGUCAAAUUUCUAUGUUUUAACCCCUGUCCUAUGUUUCUGUUUCUAUGUUUUUACCCUUGUCCUAUGUUUCUGUUUCUAUGUUUUUACCCCUGUCCUAUGUUUCCGUUUCUAUGUUUUUACCCCUGUCCUAUGUUUCUGUUUCUAUGUUUUUACCCCAGUCCUAUGUUUCUGUUUCUAUGUUUUUACCCCUGUCCUAUGUUUCUGUUUCUAUGUUUUUACCACUGUCCUAUGUUUCCGUUUCUAUGUUUUUACCCCUGUCCUAUGUUUCUGUUUCUAUGUUUUUACCCCUGUCCUAUGUUUCUGUUUCUAUGUUUUAACCCCUGUCCUAUGUUUCUGUUUCUAUAUUUUAACCCCUGUCCUAUGUUUCUGUUUCUAUGUUUUUACCCCUGUCCUAUGUUUCUGUUUCUAUGUUUUUACCCCUGUCCUAUGUUUCCAUUUCUAUGUUUUUACCCCUGUCCUAUGUUUCUGUUUCUAUGUUUUUACCCCUGUCCUAUGUUUCUGUUUCUAUGUUUUAACCCCUGUUCUAUGUUUCUGUUUCUAUGUUUUUACCCCUGUCCUAUGUUUCUGUUUCUAUGUUUUAACCCCUGUCCUAUGUUUCUGUUUCUAUGUUUUAACCCCUGUCCUAUGUUUCCGUUUCUAUGUUUUUACCCCUGUCCUAUGUUUCUGUUUCUAUGUUUUUACCCCUGUCCUAUGUUUCUCAUGGCUUUAUGAAGACUAUGAAUCACAUUCAAAUUCAUCUGAUCUCUAGCUGAAUGUAUUUGUUUAGAAAAAGGAUUCAUGAAGAAAAUCCUAAAUGUUGUGUCAGGGUUGGGGUAAUUUCAACUGAAUUCAAUUCAGGAAUAGAGUUCAGUCAUUAUUCUGUGUACGUUGAUGGAUGGUCCAUUAUCUUCACUGAGAAUUGUUUUACCAAUACCAUGAAUUUAAUGUCCAAUUUGUUCCCUGAAUUGACUGAGUGGAAAUGAAUUGAGCCCAACCCUGACUUGCGUAAUUUGUUUGCAUUAUUAUCAUUAAUACCUGUCUGUCCUCCCCUCCAGCACCCUCUCUUCCUUUGUCUAGUGUUAAGUCUGGAGCGUCCAUGGGAUUCAACCUCCACCCAAAAAAAACUGGCAUUCUCAUUUUCUUCUCAAAGUUAGGUGUCCCAUUUAAAAGAAACCAAGUGAACACAUUGACUUGAAUAAUAUUUCAUUUUCAACAGCUGUUUGGUAUUGACCAUUGAGGGCACUAUACUCGAAAGUUUACAAAUUCCGUCAGGGGACAUUAAUUCAGAGGGUACCUAAGAAUGUUUUAUUUUCGAAAUAAUUGACUUAAUGGGAACAAACAACUCGUAGGAGAGAAAACAAAUGAGCAGAAGUCAACCUUAACAGUGUCUCUGUGUUGCCUCACUCCCUCAUCACAACACAGUUAUUGAGUCAUGUCGCUUCUUGUCCAAGAUCUUUGUGGUCAUUUUCAGAGGUACAACGGGUCUUUUUUUGGUUGUGCUUGCUACAAAAGUUGGUCUUUUUGGAUGUGCUUGCUGAAGAAAUUGUUUUUUUAUGGCCAUGCUUGCUUGGGUAAUAAACAAACAAAUAUUUUUGUUUGUGCAAACUGAAGUACAGUACACUGAGCAAACAGGAAUAAGGACCUAAGCAUAAUUCCUAAUGCUCACCCAAAACUCAGACUUUCGCGCAAAUCUCCCUUUUUAAAUCAGCGCAUGAUUUAAACAAGGGUUACUUGCAUGUACACUAUAUAUACAAAAGUAUGUGGACACCCCUUCAAAUUGGUGGAUUCGGCUAUUUCAGCCACACCCGUUGCUGACAGGUGUAUAAAAUCAAGCACACAGCCAUGCAAUCUCCAUAGACAAACAUUGGCAAUAGAAUGGCCUUACUGAAGAGUUCAGUGACUUUCAACUUGGCACCGUCAUAGGAUGCCACCUUUCCAACAAGUCAGUUUGUCACAUUUCUGCCCUGCUAGAGCUGCCCCGGUCAACUGUAAGUGCUGUUAUUGUGAAGUGGAAAUGUCUAGGAGCAACAACUGCCCAGCCGUGAAGUGGUAGGCCACACAAGCUCACAGAACGGCACCGCCGUGUGCUGAAGCGCAUAGCGCAUAAAAAUUGUCUGUCCUUGGUUGCAACACUCACUACCGAGUUCUAAACUGCCUCUGGAAGCAUCGUCAGCACAAUAUCUGUUCAUCGGGAGCUUCAUGAACUGGGUUUCCAUGGCCGAGCAGCCGCACAUCUUGCGCAAUGCCAUGCAUCGGCUGGAGUGGUGUAAAGCUUGCCGUCAUUAGACUCUGGAGCACUAGAAAUGCGUUCUCUGGAGUAAUGAAUCAUGCUUCACCAUCUGGCAGUCCGAUGGACGAAUCUGUGUUUGGCGGAUGCCAGGAGAACGCUACCCGCCCCAAUGCAUAGUGUCAACUGUAAAGUUUGGUGGAGGAGGAAUAAUGGUCUGGGGCUGUUUUUCAUGUUUCGGGCUAGGCCCCUUAGUACCAGUGAAGGGAAAUCUUAACGCUACAUCAUACAAUGACAUUCUAGACGAUUCUGUGCUUUCAACUUUGUGGCAACAGUUUGGGGAAGGUUCUUUCCUGUUUCAGCAUGACAAUGCCCCCGUGCACAAAGCGAGGUCCAUACAGAAAUGGUUUGUCGAGAUCAGUGUGGAAGAACUUGACUGGCCUGCACAGAGCCCUGACCUCAACCCCAUCGAACACCUUUGGGAAGAAUUGGACUGCCCAACCUCACUGAUGCUCUUGUGGCUGAAUGGAAGCAAGUCACCGCAGCAAUGUUCCAACAUCUAGUGGAAGGCUUUCCCAGAAGAGUGGAAGCUGUUAUAGCAGCAAAGGGGGGCCAACUCCAUGUUAAUGCCCAUGAUUUUGGAAUGAGAUGUUCGACGAGCAGGUGUCCACAUACUUUUGGUCAUGUAGUGUAUCUCAAGUUAAGAUUCAGCCCAAAGUGUCCAUCGCAACGUAAUAUGAUUGCAUUCAUGUUCACACACUUAUUUGCUUUACAUAACAUUCUCUGUGGGAAUGAAUGUAUUAUAUUGAUUUGAUUAUACUUCACAAUAUGCACAUCUCUUUACAAUCUAGGACCAGCCAUAGUAAUUACAGGAACACCUUAUUUAUUAAUUUAUUGUUUUCCUCAUUAACAAUAUUAAAGUUAACUUCACAAUAAUGCCUUUAAGACCUAUGUUGAGUUCUGUGUGAAUGGGUCCUGACUUUGAGUGGAUGAAUAACCCAUCAUUUGUUAUUAUUUUUGAUCAAGGACACGGGUACACUCUUAGAAAAAAAGGUUCCAAAAGGGUUAUUCGGCUGUCCCCAUAGGAGAACCCUUUUUGGUUCCAGGUCGAACCCUUUUGGGUUCCUUGUAGAGCCGUCUGUGGAAUGGGUUCUACUUUUAACCCAAAAGGGUUCUACUUGGAACUAAAAGGGUUCUACCUGGAAUUAAAAAAGGUUAUUCAAAGGGUUAUCCUAUGAUGACAGCCAAAUAACCCCUUUAGGUUCUAGAUAGCACCUUUUUUUCUGAGUGUAAGUUGUGGCUGGACACCACAACUGGUGGUGUAUCAUACAUGUUUCACAUGCUUAUAAUGUGACUAUGAGGAACAGUUUUUGAUACAUUUGUUCUGACAUUGGAGGUAAUGAUUUGUUGUACAACACUUGCAAUUCCAGUGUGGUGACUAUUGUGCCUUAUGAAAUACAACCAUUGUCUACUAUAUUGACAUUUUUGUACUGAUCUGGUUGACUGUAUUAAUGUCCUUAAAUCUUUUUAAAAACAUAGUUGAGACAUACCCAAAACAACUUACAAAGUGCAUGUUCAAGAUAUUCAAUAGAAAGAUACAAUUCACUUACAAUAAUUAUUUUAAAAAGUUGAACUGAUUACUUCACAUACACUGUUAUUACUGUGGCUGGUCUGUAUUGUUGGUGAUUUUCCCUUUGCUUUACUGGUAGCUGGCAGCAUUAUGGCUCAUUGGACAUUGCAACAGUCGAUAGAUACAGUAUGUCAUCCAACUGCACCCAUAAGCAUUUUCUUUUGCAUCAAGACAAUCUCAUGCACGACCACAUUGAACGUGUUUUUUUUACAGCAUGGCAGUAAAUGAGGCUCUCACAUGAUCAGUCUGUCUGCAUGUCAGUUGUUGUUUGGUUUGCAAACUGGUCUCAAUCCCAUGCUCUGUGUUCUACUUGUUUCACCUGUCCCAUAUGUAAGUUUUAUAGCUCUGUACAAAAAUAUUUCUAUAUGUGUGUGCGUGUGUGUGAGUGUGUCAGACAAUGUUGUACAUCCAUCAAUGAGUAUUUUAUUAAUUUAAAAUGUAUCAUAUUGAACUGACAACUGCAACUUUUAUUUGUCAUUAUUUAAGUUACCAUUCAUUUGUUUUACUUUCCCUAAAUUGCUUUAAAGUUACAGGGUAUUUCCAAGCGGACAUGUACAUAUUGUACACAUACAGUAGGUUUAAUCUGGUCAGUGAGGCAUUUCAACUCAUAGGUAAUUGAUUGCCUUUAAAGAGGCUAUACAGAAAUGUUGCCUCUGGGCAUGCUCCUGAACAAAAGGGGUCCCCUAAAUCAGGGUUUCCCAAACUCGGUCCUAGGGGCCCCCCUGGGUACAGGUUUAGUUUUUUACCCUAACACUACACAGCUAAUUAAAAUAAUCAAAGGUUGAUGAGUUUGGGAAACCCUGCCCUAAAUGGGCAAAAAUAAUAUUUAGGUAUUACCUCAAUGGACAGAAAGAGGCACGCCUCCCCACACCCAGGCAAACCUACUACAAUAAAACUUUUGAUUAAGAAUUUAACCAACAUUAAGUGGAAUUUUCAGAAGAAUCAAAAGUUGUAUCUUUUCAUAACAACUUUUUCAGGUAAGUUCAGACAGAUAAAUCUGCCACUGUGACACUUUUUAAAUGCUAAAUCUCUCUCCACUUGUUUGUCCCAUCUAUUCCCUUUUCCGUUCCACAUUUUCCCCCUUGUAUGACCAUUAUUAUACCAAACUCAACAUAGAUCCAAGUGGUGAAAGCAUUCCGUAGCCCACUUUAUGAUGGCAUUGAGAAGCCGGAAUCCAAGAACUCCAUCCACGACUUCAUGGCACACCCGGAAUUUCUCAUCAAUGACUUGGUCCACAACAUCCCCUUGAUUGACGAGACAGACAUUGAAACCGAAGAAUCCGAGCGCUCAGACUGCAACAACGUUCGCCUGGCUCUUCGUCAAGCUCCUUCCCUUGCCAAGCCCCCUCAGCCACCUCCUCGCCACCGCUCCGCCUCCCGCCCCGCCCCCUACCGCCAGCAGAGCCUCCCCGUUACACUCAACUGCAACAACAACGCCACUGCUGCUGCUGAUGCUGAGAAUGGAGAUCAUCUGACCCCAAAAGAUGCAAGACUACCAGCUGCUUCUCUCUGCCGCCCCGCCAGCCCAUUGCACAGCUUGGAGACCUGUUUAUAA